AUGGAAGAUGAUAAUUAUUACUAUGCGGCCGACAACCAGUCGGAAUGUGAGUACGAAGACUGGAAGUCCUCUGGGGCCCUCAUCCCUGCCAUCUACCUUCUGGUCUUCCUUCUGGGCACCACGGGCAACGGCCUGGUGCUCUGGACCGUGUUUCGGAGCAGCCGGGAAAAGAGACGCUCAGCUGACAUCUUCAUUGCCAGCCUGGCAGUGGCCGAUCUGACCUUCGUGGUGACUUUGCCCCUGUGGGCCACCUAUACCUACCGGGAGUUUGACUGGCCCUUUGGAACCUUCUCUUGCAAGCUCAGCAGCUACCUCAUCUUCGUCAACAUGUACGCCAGUGUCUUCUGCCUCACCGGCCUCAGCUUCGACCGAUACCUGGCUAUAGUCAGACCAGUGGCCAACGCUCGGCUUAGGCUGAGGGUCAGCGGGGCUGUGGCCACAGCCGUCCUGUGGGUGCUGGCUGCCCUUCUGGCUGUGCCUGUAAUGGUGUUCCGUUCCACUGCUAAUACAGAAAACAGCACCAAGGUCCAGUGCUACAUGGACUACUCCAUGGUGGCUACCUCAAGCUCAGAGUGGGCCUGGGAGGUGGGCCUGGGGGUGUCCUCCACUGCUGUCGGCUUCGUGGUACCCUUCACCAUCAUGCUGACAUGUUACUUCUUCAUCGCCCAAACCAUUGCGGGCCAUUUCCGGAAGGAGCGCAUUGAGGGCCUGCGGAAGCGACGCCGGCUGCUCACCAUCAUCGUGGUGUUGGUGGUGACCUUCGCCCUGUGCUGGAUGCCUUACCACCUGGUGAAGACGCUCUACAUGCUGGGAAAUUUGCUGCACUGGCCCUGUGACUUUGACAGCUUCCUCAUGAACGUCUUUCCCUAUUGCACCUGCAUUAGCUACGUCAACAGCUGCCUCAACCCCUUUCUCUAUGCCUUUUUUGACCCUCGGUUCCGCCAAGCCUGCACGUCUAUGCUCUGCUGCGACCAGAGCAGGUGCAAAGGCAGCCCUCACAGCAGCAGCGGGGAGAAGUCAGCCAGUUAUUCUUCCGGGCACAGCCAGGGCCCUGGCCCCAACAUGGGAAAAGGAGGAGAGCAGAUGCAUGAGAAAUCUAUUCCCUAUAGUCAAGAGACCCUGGUGGACUAG